AUGUCUGUGCUGGACCCUACCUGUGGCUGCUCCCCACAGUGGCCCCUGGAGCCCCCACCUGACCCCCGCACUUGGCCCCCACCUGAUCCCAGGACCUGGUCCCCACCUGACUCCAGCACCUGGCCCCCACCUGACCCUAGGACCUGGUCCCCACCUGACCCCAGCGCUUGGCCCCCACCUGACCCCAGCGCCUGGCCCCCACCUGACCCCAGUGCCUGGCCCCCACCUGACCCCAGCGCCUGGCUCCCACCUGACCCUAGGAUCUGGCCCCAACCUGACCCCAGCGCCUGGCUCCCACCUGACCCUAGGAUCUGGCCCCACCUGACCCCAGUGCCUGGCCGCCACCUGACCCCAGGACCAGGCCCCCACCUGACCCCAGCGCCUGGCCCCCACCUGACCCCAGGACCUGGCGCCCACCUGACCCCAGGACCAGGCCCCCACCUGACCCCAGCGCCUGGCUCCCACUUGACCCCAGCGCCUGGCCCCCACCUGACCCCAGCGCCUGGCUCCCACCUGACCCUAGGAUCUGGCCCCCACCUGACCCCAGCGCCUGGCUCCCACCUGACCCCAGGACCAGGCCCCCACCUGACCCCAGCGCCUGGCUCCCACUUGACCCCAGCUCCUGGCUGCCACCUGACCCCAGCGCCUGGCCCCCACCUGACCCCAGGACCAGGCCCCCACCUGACCCCAGAUCUGGCCCCACUUGACCCCAGUGCCUGGCCCCCACCUGACCCCAGGACCAGGCCCCCACCUGACCCCAGCGCCUGGCCCCCACCUGACCCCAGGACCUGGCGCCCACCUGACCCCAGGACCAGGCCCCCACCUGACCCCAGUGCCUGGCUCCCACUUGACCCCAGCGCCUGGCCCCCACCUGACCCCAGCGCCUGGCCCCCACCUGACCCCAGGACCAGGCCCCCACCUGACCCCAGUGCCUGGCUCCCACUUGACCCCAGCUCCUGGCCGCCACCUGACCCCAGCGCCUGGCCCCCACCUGACCCCAGGACCAGGCCCCCACCUGACCCCAGUGCCUGGCUCCCACUUGACCCCAGCGCCUGGCCCCCACCUGACCCCAGCGCCUGGCUCCCACCUGACCCUAGGAUCUGGCCCCACCUGACCCCAGUGCCUGGCCCCCACCUGACCCCAGGACCAGGCCCCCACCUGACCCCAGCGCCUGGCCCCCACCUGACCCCAGGACCUGGCGCCCACCUGACCCCAGGACCAGGCCCCCACCUGACCCCAGCGCCUGGCUCCCACUUGACCCCAACGCCUGGCCCCCACCUGACCCCAGCGCCUGGCCCCCACCUGACCCCAGGACCAGGCCCCCACCUGACCCCAGUGUCUGGCUCCCACUUGACCCCAGCUCCUGGCCCCCACCUGACCCCAGCGCUUGGCCCCCACCUGACCCCAGGACCUGGCGCCCACCUGACCCCAGGACCAGGCCCCCACCUGACCCCAGGACUAGGCCCCCACCUGGCCCCAGCGACUGGCCCCCACCUGACCCCAGUGCCUGGCCCCCACCUGACCCCAGCUCCUGGCCGCCACCUGACCCCAGCGCCUGGCCCCCACCUGACCCCAGGACCUGGCCCCCACCUGACCCCAAGGCCUGGGCCCCACCUGACCCAGCCCCUGGCCCCAGGGAUCUGGCCCCCACUUGACCCCAGCCGCAGGCCAAAGCCUCUGAUUUUCUGGCCACUUGCCCCGGGCAGCCUGGGCAUUGUUUGCAAGUACAAGUGGCUUCAAAGCUCUUGGAAACAAUUCUCCUGCGCAGACGUGAUAUUGACAUAUUGA